ACGCGCCAUGGGCUUGGAACCGCCGCCAUGCGUCAUCUUCGCGCUGUUUUGUCUGUUGGUUCCCAUCUUUAUGGCCUACAAUGGCGGCGCCACGGCAGCGACUGUGGACACUAUUCAACAUGAGGAGAAAUGGAGUCCGGCAGGGAUUGGGUUGCUGGGAUCCAUGGACAAGAUAGGAAUGACGAUGGCAGCUGCCUUCUGGGGAUAUAUGCUGCAGCGAUAUAGCUCCAAGCUUCUGCUCUGCAUAGGUCUUUUAGUGAACUCUGCAUCCACCAUGGCCUUUGGAACUCUCCGAAAUCCCACGGCGAUGUGCUUAGCCAAGCUCUUGAUCGGUUUCACUGAAAGCCUUCAGUGGGUUUGGGCUCCCUUAUGGAUCGGCAAGUGGGCCACGGCUGAGUCCUUGCCCAUUUGGAUGAACUUGUCAGGCGGAGGCGUUUCCUCUGGUGUUGGAAACGGCUUGGGCACCAUCAUCGCUGGCUACACGACGGCGCAAGGCUUCUCCUAUGAAUUUGCAUUUCAGAUUGAGGCGUCUGUGCUGUUCCUCUUAUCCCUUCCUCUGUUGGUGACCAGCGAAGACAUGCUGAUCUACAGAGAUGACGCAGCGCCACCGGUCAAGAUCAAGUCACCGGUGAAGCGGGUGGUACGGCUCUCUGAUGGGAGCUUGGACGAGCACCUCGUGGACGCUGCGGGCCAACCCAGCCAGCCCAGCGUGCGGCCCGCCCCCAAGGAGACAGUUGCCAGUCAGCUUGGAGAGCUCUGGGGAAAUCCCCUCUUUUGUCGCUGUGCGAUGGCGUACGCGUCUGCGAACUACGUCAACAGCGCUCUUCAGUUCCUGUGGGUCAGGAUCUUUAUGGAACUGUGGGACAUGGACAAAGACUAUUGUGUCACCAGCUUCUUGGUUAUUUCAGCCAGCAGUGGAGCUUUGGGAAUUUUGGCCGCGAGCUGCCAGAAGGUCGAGCGGGACCAUGCGGGGAAGCUGUCCACUUUACGGUUUGUGCACAAAGCCUUCUCUGGUGCCGUGCUGGGUGCGUUGGUGGUGGUCGUUGGCGUCAUGCCUCAACUCCACCGUUCGGAAGCCUCCAGCUUGGAACAGAGAAGCCUUCUGACCACAUGGGUGGGACUGUCCCUGGUGCUGGUGGGGGUGACUGCAGUGCCUGGUUUGCUGCAGAUCCUUUGCAUCGAAUCUGUGGAAGACCCAGAGCUGCGCAGCUUCGCCACGGGCUUGGCGCAAGGGGCCAACAACUUCCUGGGCUUCGCCAUGGGCCCGAUGGUUCCACAAUUGAUGAUGGAUUUUUUGGAGUGUCACCUGGGGUGGGGCCAUGAGAAGGCGCUGGUCUCUGCCCUGGUCACGGCUUUGCUUGGGACAUCUAUGGGAGCUUUCUGCACCACCCUGGCAGUGGCUGCUGUGGACUUCUGCCACGUGCCGAGCGCCAGCGACCUGGAGGGUGAAACAGAAAGUACGAGCAUCAGUCACGUCUCAGGCAGUGAAGGCGAGUGCUCCUCGCGAAGCUUCCCGGAGCCGGUUGGAAAUUAUCGAAGUUGAGGCUUUGAUGCGAUAUUU